AUGACUGUGGAGUCCAACGUGUUGGUGUUAUCAAAGGUUCGUCAUUCUCAGAUGCUGAAUGCUGCCCCUCUGCGUCCAUGGAUCAUAGCUAACAAAGAUGGGACAAUAGAAGCAGCACAUUGUGAUUGCAAGGCUGGACUAGGUGAAACCUGCAGCCAUGUCGGUGCUCUCCUGUUUUACGUUGAAUCAGCACACCGCUUGGUUACACAGAGGACUGUCACCCAAGAGAAGGCUUACUGGUGCAUACCAUCAGCGAUUGACAAGGUGAGCCUAUUCAACAGCGGUCAUCCCAGAAACUUCCUGAUGUCCCGAGACCAUCAGCUGCAGACAGACUUGAAAUAUUGCACGACUUGCAUCGCGUGA